CUUGACAGUACUGUAGCAAAAUGCAUCGUGUUCUGUGGUACAGGCUACCACCCUCUGGAUAAAUUCUGAACUGCAUUGUAGUUGGUUUCCAUCUCACUUAAAAAUAUUUAGGUAGCCUAUUCUUAGAAGACUUCAAGUCAUUUCUAAAACUUUGUUACAUUGUAAAUAAUAAUUUCAGGUAAACAGCUGAAAAGCUAUUGCUAUAAAUCGAUUAGCCCUAAUGCUGUCCAAUCGCGACUUGUGUUUUUAUGACGUACAAUCAAGGUAUGAAAAAUGGCGGCCUUGUGUAGUGAGUUUGGCGAUUUAGUUCAAAUAAAAAAACAGCUGAUCUCUGUGAUAUCGCUUUGUAAAGAAAGAGGACUUGUACAUAGCGUGAAAUGGGCUUCAGAGUUGGCAUUUGCCUUGGACCCCCUUCCCAAGAAUGAAUUACCUCCAUCGGCAACUUUUACUGAGGAGGAUGCUCAGGACCUGGAUGCUCUUGGCCUGGCCAAGUCCUACUUUGACCUGAAAGAGUAUGACCGUGCUGCCUACUUCCUUCGCGGCUGCCGCAGCCAGAAAGCAUACUUCCUGUACAUGUACUCUCGCUAUCUGUCUGGAGAAAAGAAGAAAGAUGAUGAGACUGUGGACAGCUUGGGGCCUCUGGAGAAAGGUCAGGUGCGUAACGAGGCUCUGCGGGAGCUGAGGGUGGAGCUGAGUAAGAAGCACAGUGCUGGAGAGCUGGACGGAUUCACUCUGUACCUGUAUGGGGUGGUUCUGCGGAAGCUGGAUCUACUGAAGGAGGCGGUAGAUGUGUUUGUGGAGGCGACCCAUGCCCUACCUCUACACUGGGGAGCGUGGCUGGAGCUCUGUAACCUCAUCACCAACAUUGACAUGCUGAAGUCCCUGUCUCUGCCAGACUGCUGGAUCAGAGACUUCUUCAUAGCCCACAUGUACACAGAGCUGCAGAUGAUCAAAGAGGCCCUGCAGAAAUACCAGAGUCUGAUUGAGUCCGGCUUCUCCAAGAGCACGUAUAUCGUCUCACAGAUUGCUGUGGCCUACCACAACAUCCGAGAUAUUGACCAGGCUCUGGCUCUGUUCAAUGAGUUGCGGGAGCAGGAUCCCUUUCGCAUUGAGAACAUGGACACGUUCUCCAACCUGCUAUACGUCCGUAGCAUGAAGCCAGAGCUCAGCUACCUGGCCCACAACCUGGUGGAGAUAGACAAGUACAGGGUAGAAACCUGCUGUGUCAUCGGGAACUACUACAGCCUGCGGUCGCAGCAUGAAAAGGCAGCCCUGUACUUCCAGAGGGCUCUGAAGCUGAACCCUCGCUGCCUGGGGGCCUGGACUCUGAUGGGCCACGAGUACAUGGAGAUGAAGAACACUUCCGCUGCCAUCCAGGCCUACAGGCACGCUAUAGAGGUGAACAAACGAGACUACCGUGCCUGGUAUGGCCUGGGACAGACCUAUGAGAUCCUCAAGAUGCCAUUCUAUUGUCUUUACUACUAUCGAAAGGCCCACCAGCUCAGGCCCAAUGACUCUCGUAUGCUGGUUGCUUUGGGAGAGAGCUACGAGAAACUCUCACAGCACGUCGAGGCAAAGAAGUGUUACUGGAGGGCGUACUCUGUGGGGGACGUGGAGAGAAUGGCUCUACUGAAACUGGCAAAACUUCACGAGCAGCUUAAUGAGUCUGACGAUGCGGCCCAGUGUUACAUCAUCUACAUCCAAGACAUCUUCUUCUGUGGGUUAGUGCAUAUGUGCUUACAGGAGCAGCUGGAGCAUGCAGAGGUGAGCACGGCCCUGCGUUACCUUGGCCAGUACUACUUCAAGAACAAACUUUAUGAGGAGGCUUCACUGUGUGCCCAACGCUGCUGUGACUACAAUGACGCUCGUGAGGAAGGCAAGGCUCUACUCAGACAGAUCUCCCAGGUCAGAGACCAUAUGGAGGCCUCUAACACCACCCCUGUUAGGAGGGUGUCUCCCCUCGAUCUGUCCUCCUUCUCUCCCUGACACACCACCCUACUGGCUAGCUGAAAGCUCUGGGACAAUCUGCCUUAUCCUGUUGGUUCCAUAUACAGUUAUGGUGAAUUAGUACUUAAUGCCAUAUUGAGGGAGACUGAAUGUCUACCUCUAUACAUAAUGUAAAUAUUUUCUGUGUAUGUGUACAUGUCGGUGCAGCAGUUGCCACCCUGCUUUUGAAUAUGAAAGAAUUCUGAACCACUGAGUCAUUAAAUUAGUGGAAACUGCAUGCUAAUGUUACUUAGAAUAAAUUCAUUAAAA